AUGGCGCCAAAUGUUGCAACCGGUUACACCUUGCUCGUCGUGGAUGAGGACAACCAUGCCUCUAAGAUGGUUACAACAAUAACAACAGGUCAAAGCGAAUCCCGGUUUCCCCGAAACCUAUCCGAUGAGAAAGUAAGUAUCGUGAAGAUGAAGUUUUCUCUAGCAUUAAUAGACAACAGUAAAGUGAAGGCCAACAUUCAGGAUAUAGAGGGGAUUCCACCGCAUCAUCAGCUUUUGAUCAUUGCUGGGAAGAACCUCGAGAGUCCUAGAACUUUAAAAGAAUAUGACAUGCCAGUAGUAUUUACAUUUCACCUGAGUCUGAUGUUUGAAGAUGAUAUGCGAAUUUUCAUAAAGACUUUGAUAAGGAAGACCAUCACGCUGGUAGUGGGGACCUCGGAAACCAUUUGUAAUGUGAAGGAAAAAAUUCAGGCCGUUGAGGGGUUUCCAUGGAAUCAACAUCGUUUGUUCACUGUUGGAAAGAAGCUUAAGAAUGACAAAACUUUGAGGGAUCAUAACAUCGAAAAAGAAUCUAGAUUGGACCUUAUUCUUGGUUGGGGGUGGGGAGGAGAUGUUUUUCAGAUUUUUGUGAAGACUUUGACAGGGAAGGUCAUUGGGCUGAUGGUGAAGAUCUUGGAGACAAUUUAUAACUUGAAGGCGAAGAUUUGGGUCAUAGAACAGAUUCCAUUGCGUGAACUGUAA